AUAAUUUUAAAGAUUUGCGAUCUGAAAUACGUCACCUUGGAAUUGUUGUUCCCUGGUGCCAUCCAGAGGAUUGAUCGAUUGAAUAAUCAGAGACUUUUUCCCAGGGCGGGAACAACUAACACAAGGGAGCAUAAUUUGAAGGUGAUUGGAGGAAAGUAUAGGGGGGAGGUCAGAGGUGGUUUAUUACACGGAGAGUGGUGGGUGUGUGGACCAUGCUGUCAUGGUGGAGGCUGAUACCAUAAGACCAUAAGAUUCAGCGACAGAAUUAGGCCAUUUGGCCCAUUGAGUCUGUUCUGCCAUUUCGUCGUGGCUGAUCCAUUUUCCCUCCCAGCCCCAGUCUCCUGCCUUCUCCCCGUAUCCCUUCAAGCCCUGCCCAAUCAAGAAUCUAUCAACCUCUGCCUUAAACCCAAAGGCUUGGCCCCCACAGCUGCUUGUGGCAACAAAUUCCACAGAUUCACCACUGUUAGGCUAAAAAAAAACAAUUUCUCCUCACCUUCAUUCAGAAAGGAUAUCCCUCUAUUCUGAGGCCCUGUCCUCUGGCCUUGGACACCCCCACCAUAGGAAACAUCCUCUCCAGAUACAAUCUAUUGAGGUUUUUCAACAUUCAGUAGGUUUCAAUGAGGUCACCCCUCAUUCUUCUGAAUUCCAGUGAGCACAGGCCCAGAGCCAUCAAACGCUCUUCAUAUGACAAGCCGUUCAAUCCUGGAAUCAUUUUCGUGAAACUCCUUUGAACCCUCUCCAGGGUCAGCACAUCCUUUCUAAGAUAAGGAGCCCAGAACUGCUCACAAUACAACAAGGGAGGCCCCACCAUUGCUUCGUAAAGCAUUGGUGAGCUCUUUACAUUAAGGUCCUUUAUGAAACUCUAGACAGGCACGUGUGUGAUAGAACAAUGGAGAGCUAUGUAGGAGGGAAGGGUUAUUGAUCUUAGAGUAGAUCUAGGUAGGUUAAAAUGUCACCAGAUUGUGGGUUGCAGGGCAUAAACUGCGCUGUACUGUCCUACGUUCUAAAUGAGUUUCAACACAAUAGAUGCUAACAACACCUUCUCUCUUUUGUUUUCUCCCUGGCUGUCUCUCUCCAACUCUUCCAGGAUCUUCACUGAAGUACACAGGCAGCGAGGACGACCUGCUGUCCAACAUGGAGACCCUGAGCUUAUUGGGCAGUGUGAGCACGCUCGCAUCCAGUGUGCUGGAGCUGGAAGCUGAGACCGUGGAGACACCCAGCCCCGGGGACUUGGCAGAGCCUGCAGGCCAGAGCGGGGAGAAGGAGCUGCAAGAUCCCAACCAGUAUGAGGAGCCGGAAUUCUGUGGUAUUGGAAGCAUCGACCUGGAGAUGGAACAGAUAUUUGCCGGGAUGGAGUAUCUGCAGAAGAAGGUUCCAGAGGACCUGCACGCGAUUGUGGAGGAGACUCCAAUCUUGUGUCGACCUCGGGCUGUGCCUGACGGACCCCCGGGUGCCUUCGGAGAUACGGAAGUCAAACACUCUCCACUGGUGGAUGCUUCCUGUGCUAAGCAGACUGAGGAAAGUGGGCCUGGCACCUUUGAGUCUUCCGAAGACACUGAGCUCCACAAAGGGAAGAGGAUUCCCUCGCUGCAGAAUCUACUGGAUCUGGGAGGGACAGAUCAGGAAGACCACAGUAGCCAGGUUCUGGAGGGUGAAGGUACUUGUGCGAGUGACGGAGAUGGAAACAGGGGUGCUGGUGGUAACGUCCAAAGUUUGUACCCCAGCACCAACGAUAACGGUAGUGACGAGAGGGAGGACUGUGCCGCCAGCACGCAGGGGAGUGGCCGUCAGGUUAUGGUGAACUUGGAGGACGGUGCUGCGGAGAAGAUGUUGCCACCAGAGAGUGCUCCGAGCUCCAGUCCCGCUGAUGCCCCAGAGAACAAGGUGAGCGAGAGGGCUUCCUCUCGGGUGGAGGACGACCGGCUGUUAAUCGAGAAGAUCAAGAACUAUUACGAGGCAGCGGAAACGUCCAGUGACCAGCAUCUCAUCCAGCGCCGGGAGAGCAUCUCCUUUAUCCCCACUGGGGUGGUGAGGGAUUCUGUUCUGCGCUUCAACUACAAGGUGGCCCACGAGCGGAUAGAGGAACUCCACGACGACAAAGCGGGCGCCAGGGACAGCCCCCUUCAGCCCGGUGACUCCGGACCCAACCAGGGUAUGGAACAGCCGCAAGGAAGUGGGGAGACUUGCUUGCCCUUGGCCUCACGGCAGGAGGGAGGCCAGGACCCCCACCCGGGCCCAGCGCCCGUCAACGGCCACGGCAACUCUGCUGACGGCGAGUCGGAGCCCGAGUUCAGGUCCUGCGCGGAGAUCAUCAUGGUGUGGCGGGAGAUGGAAAGGGCCGCUCGCUUCUGGGGCCACUGCCCGCAGGGGAGCAGGGCUGCCAGGGCCUCCCCCCGGCCAUCGGAGGCUAGCCCCGGUGAGCCGCUCCUCAUCCUCGAGGACUCAGACCUGGAAUCGAGGGCGGAUACCCACAGCGACCCGCCAAGCAGCCCCGGGGAAGAGCAGCAGCCGAGGAGCACCGAGGACCCUGGCCCCUGCUGCUUUGGUGAAGGCGCUGACCGAUGCCUCCUCCAGAACUCCGAGAAGAUCAUGACCAAAGUUCAACUGCUGGCAAAGAUGUACAGCCAGCGGAUCAGCCGGAAGAAGGCCCUGCUGCAGCGGCGUGUCUGGGAGCUAGAUCCUGAGGCCAGACCGGGGCACAAGCUGCGCAGGAGGAAGCCAGCACCGGACCUGUCCCGGGCCCAGGAGUGCCAGCAGGAGCACAAGUACGAUUCCAUUCGGAGUUUGGAGCCACCCGCUGCAUUCGGACACCUGAUCAUUCGGGAACCCGUCCCUGUCCUGUUCGCCCAGGAGAACAGCGUCCGACCUGCUGCCCUCAGGGUCUGUCCUUCGGUGUCCAGCCCGUGGAAGCACCCCUCCGACUCGCCAGCCGAUCCAGCGUCUGGACGCACCUCCCCACAGAGCCCCGUGCCCUCGGGCUCCCCGCAGCCGAUCGAGGGUGCGCACAGUCCGGGCAUUUGCACGGAACGUUUGCCGGAGUUUCCCGCUACCCACCCAAACCUAUCAGAUGCCAUGGCUCCCCAGCACCCAGACGCCCGAAGCGAAGCCCCCGCAGCCGCUGUUGCUUCAACUCAACCCAGGGCGCCGUUGCCCAUGUCGCCUCCAGCCCCCAGACUUGCCUCUCCCUGUGCAGGCGAGGGGAGGCUCGGGGGGCCUGGUCCCACAGAGGGACCAGCGCCCAGGCCCUGCGCCGCCUCCGAAUUGUGCUGCCCCCUGCCCAGUUGGGUGAGUCUCCGGGGCCGUUCUCCCUCGCCCUCCGCUGUCAAACAGCUGGAGCAGUGGAUGUGGCAGCCCAGAUUCACCCACACCACUCAGCCUUGCCCGUCGGCGGGCAUGCAGGCCCGGACCCCCUCUCCAUCCCGGCCUUGGGAGAGCCGCGACCCGGAGGGCGAUCCCCGAAUACGCCCGAGCCCUGGCGCGGAACCACCGCCCUGCGUCUCCCUCCGGCUUCGGUCCCCUUCCCCGUUCCGGAGCCCGAACCGGGCAGAGCCCCCCCAACCCUCCGCCUGCCAGCGGCCCGUUUCCCUCCAGUUGUGCCCCAGCCCGCUGGGCAAGAGCGAGCCAGCGCCCGUGGGCUUUAGACCCCACUCCCGAAGGGGCAGAGCCCGGCCUGAGAGCGGGGCAGCACGGCCCUCUCUCACGGGCUCCAGCUCAGGGGCCCGGUUGUGCCGUCCCUCAGAAUCGGGUGUGGGGGGCAACCCCUCGCCCGGCGGGAGUCCGGUGCGGUGCCCGCAGGUCAGUCCGUUCCACCCGAACUCCGACCCAGAUGGGACCCGGAUUGCCCCGGGCCCCGGCAAUCACAGCCCCGGGCUGCGGCCUCCAGGUACGCCUGCCGGGCUCCGCUCCUCCGCCUCGGCACCCGCCUCUCCGUGCCCAAGCGCCACGUCACCGCGCAGUGGCAGACGGGCCACUGAGACGGCGGAUUCUGAGGCGGUGGCCCCUCUGCCCCUGCCUGGCCUGUGCUUGGCCCCCUCUGCCCCCGCUUCUCCGUCCAGCCCCCCUCCCGAGGAGCUGGAGCCCGCCGGUCGGUCUGGCAGCGGGACCCCGGAGCCCGGUGAGGCAGAGAAGGCGCGGCGCCUCGCGAGCGGCGGUCGCACCAGCUACUCAACCACGCUCAGCCUGCAGAUCGGCGGUGGCGGCAGACCGGCCACCAUCAGCCGAGCGCAGGUCAGCCUGACCCAAACGUUCCUCCCCGCCGCUGCGGCCCGCAGCCCACGGAGGAUCACCGGGGCCAGCGGCAGCAACCCACCCUCAACGUGAGUCCAGCCUCAGGCUGCGCUCAGCGCACCGGGCAUCCCCUUCCCCAGUCAGAGCAGCCCGCGGGUUAGACGUUGCCCCUCUCCGCCAUCCCACUCUUCCUGAUGAGGCCGCAGAACAGGACCAGAAGGCGGUGGCCGCGCGGGCAGCGGGCUGAGCGACUGCGCCCUGCGCCCCCUUGAGGCGUUGCUAGCGAGCAGGGUGUCCAGGCGGAGGGGGGAGUAGGUGGGAGUCUGUACCCUGGACCCAAUCUCAGCCCGGUAACCCCGCUGUCCAGGGCUUGGGGCAGGGGGCCGAAAUCUGAGGGUCACUGCACUGGCCAGGCAAACUGGAGUCACUCCUCACUUUCCCCUUCCCCUCUGUUCCUCCUUACCAUCUUUCUCUGCCCCUCCUCCUUGCCCCCACCUUCCCUUCUCCUCCUUGCUCUUCUCGCCUCUCUCCCCUCCCCCUCUCCCCACCCCACCUCUUCCUCUUUCUGCUCCUCUUCCCCCUCUACUUCCCUCCCACUCCACUCCCGUUCCCUUCCUCGCCCCCUCCAGUGAACUGUAUCUAACUGUUUGACCCUGCCCCCCCAUUGCCCCGAGUGGACUCCAGCACCCGUGGGGGAGUGCCUGCCCAAAGCGUGGUCAUCUGUCCAGCUCCCAGCGGUGGGGAGAGGGGGGCCAAUGGAAGUACUUUCUGCUGACGGUGUGACCCCGUUACCGGACGCCGGUGGGCUUCUGACCAGCACCUGCCCUUUCGUUGCCCCAAGGACCUGCAGAACGAAGUGUGUGGGGUUGCACCGGACCCCGGGGGAAGCGUUUCUGUUUAUCACCUGCACAGCACACCGCGAAGGCCAACGAGAAGCUUCACACUGCACCGGGGAGAGUUAUUUUUUACCAUAGCUACGAGAGUCCUGGUUUCUAUAUUUUUGUGAAAUGCUUCACGCCGCCUGUGGUAUCAAUUAUUAUUUGUCGUGGACAUUCAAAGAGACGGGAUCAGACCUUUGUAAAUAUCACAGUUGGAUAACAUCUAACUACAUCGCCGCCCUGACGUGGAUUGUGAUAAUCUCUCCUUUCCAAUUUUUAUGAAACUUUUUUGAAAAUAAAGAAAGCCCUAUUCUAAUCACACUGACAAACUUCCCUGCACUGAGCUAAAAGUCCAUAACUCUAUUUCAGUCAGGAAUUUUCAACCUUUUGCACUCAAAUUGCUUUGCAACUGAAUGAGAUCCUUUUACAGAACAGUCUCUGCCCCAAGGGUUCCCAACUGUUUUAAUGUCACGGUCCCCAGGCUGGGAACCCUUGCUCUGCCCUAAGUUUUGCACAGAACACUCCCACAAACAGCAAGAUACCGAGACAGUCUGCUUUAAUGAUGCUCGUUGAGCGGGGCGCCACAGUUUCUAGAAAUGUUUUGACAGAAUUGUUUGUGCACAACCGUGUUUUCUGCAAACAUGCAUUUUGUCCUUGGUCCUGUCUAUGAGCCGAUGGGGGCAAAAUUCCAGACAACACAAGUAGUUCGCCACACAGCCAAUCAACAAUGAGAUUUCCUCCCUGCAUCACAGCUCCGUUCCUAAAAUGACAACCAAUCAGCUGAUUGAUUAGUUUAUGAACGCCAAGUGUUCGGAGUACCCACCACAAUCAUCGGCGCACUGAUGACAUCUCCUCGAGUGGUGAUGAGACGUUUGCAAGUUAAUCCCCAAGAUCAGAAAGCUCAAAAACUCAACCCAACCAUCAGCCACCUGAGCUAGAUAUCUUCCGAAUUAUUUUGCAAAAUGCUGGAAAUAGAGUGAAGAGUAGGAUCUGGGGCGAGGGGGGUGGUGAGGUGGAUGUGGUAAAAGGCCAGACAACACAUCAGCAGAUAGGAUCUCCACAUAGGCUGACUGGUGCUUUGUUAAUUUUACUCGAUUUGAGUGGCUACAGGCCUUUCCAUGGGGAGAACUCUCUGCUCUUCCACGUUGUUCCAGCGGGACCCUCUCCGUGCACCCCCAUUGAUCCACCUGGCAUAGGGGAGAAGGCAGGAUGGAGUUGCUGGAGAUAAUAGAUAAGUAAUGAUUUAAUCUAGAGAUACAGCAUGGUAACGGUCCCCUUCAGCCUAAUGAUCCUGCACCGCCCAGUUACACCCCUGUGACCAAGUAAUCACUUCUCCAGAAUGUAUUAUGAAUGUGAAGAAGCUGGAGGAGACCUCACGCAAUCACAGGGAGAAGGUACUCGCUCCCUGCAGGCAGCGAUGGGAAUUGAACCUACGAUUGGGCAGGAGGUCCCACACCACCAGGUUUGGGAACAGUUAUUACCCCUCGACCAUCAGGCUCCUGAACCAGUGUGGAUAACUUCACUCACCACAAUGAGCCUCAGGCCCCACACCACCAGGUUCAGGAACAGUUAUUACCCCACAACCAUUAGGCUCCUGAACCAGUGUGGAUAACUUCACUCACCACAAUGAGCCUCAGGUCCCACACCACCAGGUUCAGGAACAGUUAUUACCCCACAACUAUCAGGCCUGUACUUGGUAGAGUUUAGAAGAAAGAGGGUGCUGGGUGGGGGAAAUUAAUUGAAACCAAUUGAAUAUUGAAAGGCUGACAUUGAGUAGAUAUGGAGAGGAUGUUUCCUUUGGUUGGGGGUCUAGAACCAGAGGUUACAGCCUCAGAAUAGAGGGGCGUCCAUUUAGAACAGAGAUGAGGAGGAAUUUCUUCAGCCAGAGGGUGGUGAAUCUGUGGAAUUCAUCACCACAGGUGGCCAUGGAAGCCAAGUCAAUGGGUAUGUUUAAAGCAGAGUUUGAUGGGUUCCUGAUUAGGGCAUCAAAAUGAGGGAGAAGACACGAGAAUGCAGUUAGGAGGGAAAUAGAUCAGCUAUGAUGGAAUGGAGGAGCAGACUCAAUGGGCCAAAUGGUCUAAUUCUGCUCCUAUGUCUUAUGGUCUUAUGGUUUUAGAAGCUCGAUUCAUAAACACAGGAGAUUCUACAGAUGCUGGAAAUCUGGAGCAACAUACACAAAAUGCUGGACUAACUUCUGUGCUCAGUUCUGGUCACCUCAUUAUAGGAAAGAGGUAGAGGCUUUCGAGAGGAUGCUGCCUGGAUUAGAGAGGAUGAAUCACGAGGAAAGGUUGAGUGAGCUCAGGCCUUUCCUUUUGGAUCAGAGGAGGGUGGGAGGUGACUUGAUAAGGGUGUACAAGCUGAUGAGGCGUAGGUCGAGUGGGUCUGUGCCAGGGGCCUUUUUGCAGGAUGAAAAUAGCUAACUCAAUAAGACAAGACGUAGGAGCAAAGUCAGGCCAUUCGGCCCAUCUAAUCUGUUCUGGAUUUCAUCAUGGCUCAUUCAUUUCCCUGCCUUUUCCCCUUAACUUUUCACUCUCUGACCAAUCAAGAAUCUAUCAACCUCUUCCUUAAACACACCCAAUGACCUGGCCUCCAAAGCUGCCUGUGGCUUGCCACCUCUGGCUGAAGAAAUUCUUCCUCCUCUCUGUUCAAACUGAUAUUCCCUCUAUUUCGAGACGGCGUCCUCUGGUCCUAGACUCCCCCACCAAAGGAAACAUCCUCUCCAAUCCACUAUCGAGGCCUUUCAAUCUUCAGUGAGAUCUCCCCAAAUUCAUGAAAUUCCAGCGAAUCCAAGCCCAGAGCAGCUCACAUGAUAACCCUUUCAUUCCAGGAAUCAUUCUCAUGAACCUAAGGGAGCGUGGUUUUAAGGUAACUGGAGGAAAGUUUGGGAUGUCAGAGGUAGGGUUUUCUACAGAGUGCUGAGUGUGUGGGACAUGCUGGUGGCAGAGGCAGACUCGUAGAAACAUUUAAGAGACUCUUCGAUAGGCACAUGAAUGAUGGGAAAAUGGAGGGUUGUGUAGGAGAGAAGCCUUAAAUCAAUCUUAAGAGUAGGUUAAAAGGUUGGCGCCACAUCGUGGACUGGAGGGCUUGUACGGUGCUGAUCUAAUCUAAGUUUUCACUCAGCAGAUCAGGUAGCAUCUGUGGAGGAGAUGAGGGUCACAUCAACUGUUUAGUCCCCUCCAUGGACACUGCCUGACCUGCUGAGCUCCUCCAGCGUUCUGAGAUGUGAUUCGUGUUGCUUUAAAUUCU